AUGACACAUAGCCGCCCCUCCUUGCUCCACAAUGUGCCGCAAAAACGGCGCUGUCCCAUGCCCCCGCGCCCCCUUGCCCGAGGUCAGGCCCGCCUCCACAGCGAUAUGAUCUCGCUGUACGAUCGCCACGUCGUUCUGCGUUCCAUCAUUGUUCUUCUGAGGGCCCAGAAGCCCCACGCAACGACGCUGCUCCUGGCCAAGGUGCCGCCCCUCGCCGAAAAACUCGAAAGGAUGCUGUACGCCAGUGCCGCCUCCACUGCUGAAUACAUGAACCCCGCGACGUUGUUUUACCGCAUUAGCCAGAUUCACUGCCGUCGCCGAAGUAAGUUCCACUAAAAGAGACUUGUACCUGCUGCUCCUGAGGUUCUGUUCUCGUGGCGUUCGGCUCACAUCGGAGAGGGGAAGGUUUGCAGCAACGAACGGAGCAGAUCGCAGGGUGCAUGGGAUAUCCGUUUAUUGCA